AUGAGGUUCGCAUCCAACAGAGGCUGUUGGGGAGGGUGGCAGAGUGCCUUCAGCGAACACUACGCUGAGCGCAGACAAAGCAGCAAGGAGAGAUCCAAAAGCCUUCAUGAUGGCAAAAGUUUGGCGCCCAAGUCCGUGUUCGAAACCGUUACACAAGAGACUGAAGAGCCCAUCCGAACAGAGCAGGCAUCUGAGCCUUUUAUAUUCACCCCUUCACGCUCGGUAUACCUACUCCGAACGGUCGAUACGUAUCUAUUGCUCCCCGGGUCCUUGGUUUCUGAUAAUGAUUUUGAUACUACAAUGACCCGGUUUUAUGCCCUCAUUUCGCUAGCCCUAUCGAUAAUAUUCGGUUUAGCUCUGGUAUCGAUUAUUGGAGAUGCCGCUGAUCCAACUACUCGAAGCAUUAUCUUGCCCUCAAGCUAUAAGAUCCCAGGCUUUAUCGCUAUAGCUUCAUCCCUCAAGUCAUAUCUUCCGGCAAACCACAUAUUCGUUCCUUUACUUCGAGCUAGCCUCCCAAGAUCUCACCAGGGACCGGCAGUUCGCAGUGCUACAAUUAUCGGCUCCACAAAUGCAAAUGAAGCAGAAUCAGGUGAAAAGUCGAAAAACCGCCGGCAACUUGAAGAGGAAUCUCGUUUGCGAGAUCGCCUAAAGAGAGAUAAUAGGAAAUGGGACUCCUCGCAUCCUCGGUAUAGGCUGUUAACCGCUAUGCAUGGCUUUGCUCGCUACAAAGAUAGGAACCUAGCCGAACUUGAACGGUGGAGUGCUCUAUAUUCGAACACACCAAAAAGGCAUCGCACAUUCAUUGAAUCAAUCGUAGGAUAUACUUCUAAGCUUAGCAAAGUCAAAGGCUUAUUCGCAGAAAACGAUAACCUUGCCCAGGACAUCUUGAACCAUGCACUGGAAUUCUAUCAAAUCGAACGAAUUGAACUAGAGCAGUUCAUUAAAGAAGCCGAAUCUGGUGGUAUAACGGCCGAUAAGACCAGUACAUCUCAAGCAAUGAAGCAUUUCGUGAGAGAUUGGUCCAAGGAAGGACUAUUUGAACGGAAGGCUGCAUUCCCUUGUGUUUUAGAGGCAUUGAAUAACUAUACUGUCCACUCGAACAAUCCGCCUCUCCGUGUACUCCUCCCCGGCUCUGGAUUAGGGAGGCUAGCGCAUGAUAUUUCAAACCUGGGAGGUUUCGAGGUUACUUCCAACGAAUGGUCUUCAUAUAUGAAUAUAGCGUACCGCUAUGUAGAAGCCAUGAGAAACACAAAUUCAACAACAUUCUACCCCUUUAUAGACUGGUGGUCUCAUCAGGCGUCCACAACAGAUCUCUUACGUCCUGUACAAUUUCCUGACGCGCUUCCGUUCCAUACGAAUAGACAGUCUGAGUCCUCUCUCCUUCAUAUCGAAGGAGAUUUUACCACCAUGCAUAAUGGACUACCGACGGCUGAGACCAAGUACGACGUUGUGAUAACACUAUUUUUCAUUGAUACCGCCAGAAACUUGAUGUCCUAUUUUGAAACAAUCCAUAAUUCGCUAAAUGACGGAGGUACCUGGAUUAACUUUGGCCCACUGCUUUAUGGCAGCGCUCCAUUCUUGCAGCUUUCUUUGGAUGAGAUUAUUGAUGUGUGUGAGCAUAUGGGAUUUGAAUUCCUCGAUACGUCUUCGAAAUGCGGUGACAUUACCCUUGACGGGAAAAAAGUUCGGAGUAAAACGGUCCCAUAUGGAUUGAGCGAACGGUCUUUGUCUCAGAAUGCCUACAAAGCUCAAUUCUGGGUUGCAAGGAAAGUAAAAGGGAGUGUAUCACCGCUUCCAUAG